AUUUUGAGGUUAGUUAGUUGGUAGUACUAAACUUUUUGUGGUUAUGUUUAUGUAUUUAUACAAAAUGAGUUUACCAAAGAUGUCCCUUUCAUAUUUUGAAUAUUAUUGAACUAAUUUGAUGUCAUUUGUAGUAUAACUUAUGAAUUGAAAUGAUCCAAACUAAUGGGUUUUAUGACUUAUGUCUCCAAGAAUCAUUCUUCUCUAAAGAAGACUUGCAGCAGGCUGUAAAAGAGUUAUAUGAUGUUGGUUAUAGAACUGUUGCCGUAAAUCAAGUAAUAGACGAUGAAAACACUGAGAACAAAAAGAAGCAAAAGAAGAAAAAAGGUGAACCUAGAGAAAUUCAGGACAUAGUACCAAUUCCAUUCGAUUUGAAAAUAAUUCAGGACGUUAUUACCCACCUAGAUCUGAAGAAUUUUACUGUCCUGAAUCGAUUGACCGUUUCUUUUGCAAACCAAGAGUCUUUGCAUAAGAUA